AGCGUGGCUCCUGUGUUAUGGGUCAGUGUGCGUGUGCAGAUGGCUGGGAGGGUUCUGCCUGCGAGUGUCCCAAAAGCAACCAAACCUGCCUGGAUGACAAAGGGCUUGUGUGUGGUGGGCGAGGGAAAUGUGUGUGUGGUCGCUGCGAGUGUCCAAACUCUGGUAUCGAGAUGUCAGCAACCUGUGAGCCAAACUUUCAGUUUCAGUUAGGUGUGUGUGAGGGAACAAGGAGCUGUGUCCAGUGUCAGGCGUGGAGGACAGGAGAGCUGAAGCAGGAAGCUGACUGUGACACGUGUCCCUUCAAAGUGACCAUGGUGAAGGAGCUGAAAGAACGGGAGAAAGUGCUGGACUCCUGCAGCUUUCGAGAUGAGGACGAUGACUGUACGUACCACUACACUGUUGACCCCAGUGAAGACCCCACAGCCAAUGAGAUUAUGGUGGAGGUGCUGGAAAAGAAAG